AUGCCAUUCUCUCUUCACCUAUCCACCAACCACCCCACACCAUGGAACCUUUCAAACCCCAACGAACCAACCCCACCCACUAACCAAAACCUUUCCUUUCGGAGGGUCUCGCCCCUAUCCUCGCUCAGAACCUCUCUCGACUGCGUCUACAAUGGAGGGGUUGCAAAGGGGGCGCCUGUUCGGCUUCCCUUUGUGGUCAUUAGGAGUCCUACCGAAGCUUCUAGAUUCUUCUGGGCCGGAAACUGCCUGCAGGUGGUGACCGUCGACGGUGGCACCGCCGUGGAUGCUGAGGUGGACUUCGACGAUAAGGUGUUGAGGGUGUGCGGGUCCGUUGUGAGAGAGUUCCUCAUUCCGAGAGGGGUGACGGGGAAUUAUGUGGAGUAUGUUAAGUGGAAGCUUCUGCAUCGGGUUUUCAGCUCCGCGCUGCAAGUGCUCGCUACUCAGGCAAUGUUUACAGCAAUGGGAGUUGGAUUCUCCAGUUCCCUUCCAUCAGCUGCUGCCCUUAAUUGGGUCUUAAAAGAUGGUAUCGGCCGACUAAGCAGAUGCAUAUACACUGCAAGUCUAGCAUCUGCUUUUGAUACAAAUUUAAAGAGGGUCAGGUUCACUACAUCUGUUCUUUUUGUUGCAAGCAUUGGACUUGAGUUACUUACUCCCACAUUUCCUCGAUGCUUCCUGCUUCUUGCAACCAUUGCCAAUAUUUCUAAACAAAUAAGCCUUGCUUGUUACUUAGCAACUCGGUCAGCUGUUCAUCAAAGUUUUGCAAUAGGAGACAACCUUGGUGAAAUAUCUGCUAAGGCACAGAUUCAAACAGUGUGCUUUGACAUCCUUGGUCUUAUGCUUGCUGCACUUGUUAACAUGUGUAUAGAGAACCAUCGAAGACAACAAGCAGGUCUCCAUUACCUUAUUUAUCCCUUUUUCGCUGCAAUGGAUCUCUUUGGGAUUUAUCAAGGAUUAAAGCAUGUACAUCUGCAAACCUUGACUAAGGAUAGGCUUGAAAUUAUUCUGAGCACUUGGAUUGAGUGUGGAUAUGUGUCAUCCCCUGCAGAGGUGAGCGAGAAAGAAGGAGUUAACUUUCUGGGAGUUAAAGGUAAAUGCUCGUGGCCAAUUAGAAUAGGUUGCUUAAAUCCCAAGGACCAAAUACCGAUGUGGUCUAUGAAGACAAUACAAUGUAUUACAAAUGAGGAUUAUUACUUUGUAUGCGUGGAGUUCUUCAAAGGAUUAAAAAGAACCAGAAAGCCGUCUAUCCUUCUUUCUAUUCGCGAAGGAGCUGAAGCAGUACAUAUAAUCAUGGGUUUGUUGCAGGCUUGCUACAUCAGAAGGGCUCUACUUAUGAACAGUAGUAGGUGGGAGAUUAUUAUAGAGGAGAACAAUGCAUCAGACUCAACAAUGGAGGAUUGGUCUGUAAUUGUUGAGAAUGGCAAGAGGUCUGCAGAAAGGGAUGUGCCUAGUUUGAUUGAAAAAAUGGUGGAAAUGGGUUGGAUGGUGAAGAACAUUCUAUUGUCCAAACAAGAGCAGAUUCGAUACAAGUUUAUGGCUGAGGAGGGUCACAGGGUUACUCUAAAUGUUUAUGACUUGAGCCAAGGACUCGCACGGCAGCUUUCAAUGUCCUUUUUGGGGAAAGCUAUUGAAGGCAUAUGGCACACAGGAAUUGUGGUUUAUGGUAACGAGUAUUACUUUGGUGGGGGCAUCCAACACUCUCCUGCUGGAUCAACACCAUAUGGAACUCCCCUUAGAGUGGUAGAGUUAGGUACUACACAUGUUCCGCAAGAUAUCUUCGAAAUGUAUUUGCAGGAAAUCAGUCCUCGGUACAUGCCUGAAACAUAUAGUUUACUCACACACAAUUGCAACAACUUCAGCAAUGAGAUUUCUCAAUUUUUGGUCGGAGUGUCAAUUCCUGAAUAUAUUCUUCAGCUCCCUAAUGAGGUCAUGAGCAGUCCAAUGGGAGCUCUUAUAAUGCCUAUGAUACAGAAUUUGGAGACAACACUGAAAUCUGGUGGAGUUCCUCAAGUACCACAAUUCAGGCCUUCAACUGCUGUGAAUGCUUCAGCCAACACCCAAAAGAACACAAGCAACACCAACUCAUCCACUGAGAAUGGUUUGAACAGAGAGGUGAACGAGGAAGUGAAGGGCAAAAAUGAUAACUCUAACGCAGCACCUUCUUCGGUAAAGCCAGCAGGGGAACCACAAAAGUCAUCACCAAAUGGGGUCACGGCAGAUCCUCUUGGAGAUGCUCGCAACAAGGUUCAAGAUGAGAUUGUGAAAGAGUUUGCUGCAAUUAUGGCAACUGGGACAAUGCGUGCUAGUGAGGCUGCAGCUCUAGCCACUAAAAGAGUCAUGCAAAGAUAUGGCCAUACUGCUGUGUCACAGAAUUAG